AUGUGGUUCCAUAUUCUUCCUGGCCUUUCCGCAAUAGGCGUGUGCUUGAUCAUCCCCGGGGUGUCCACUGCAUACAUCCACAAGUACACCAACGGCGGCAAGGAAAAAAGAGUUGCCCGACUUCAUUACCAGUGGUAUCUGAUGGAACGAGAUAGACGCCUCUCUGGAGUCAAUCGCUACCAUUUGUCCAGGGGCCUGGAGAACAUUGACUAA